CGUCCCUCAAGCAACCCCCUAUUAAUGGGGAAAAAAAAUAAAAACAAAAACCCAUUUGUUGCUACUGAUGCCAGAUAAAAAGGAAAGGAAAAGAAACCCAAAUUUCACUCUAUUUUUAACAAUCUCUCUACCCACAAGCAAAGCUAAAGCCUGCAAAAAGAGAAUAUAACCAGCAGCAGCAUCAAAUUCGAAGGCCUGAGCUUUCCCCCUUUAUGCUUUCAUUUUUUGAUCUUUUGGCCAAAUGGGUUGCUACCAUAGCAUCACUGGCAUCAACCCAAAAUCAGUGGAGAGAGAAAGAGCAAGGAAUGAGCUUGUAGAGAGAGAAGAAGAGGGGAGGUAUAGGAAAAUGGUGAUGGGUCUGAGCUUAAUCCUGUCUAUCUUUAGGAAAAAGGGUUGGUUGAAGAGGAGGAAGAGGAGAGAGGAGGAAGUUGAUGGUGGGGUGGAGAACAAAUCAUUGUUAUUGGCUAAGGAUGGAGGAGAGAGGGGAGAGAGUGAGGAUGAGCCUCAGUCUGUGCAUUCUUCAUUUAGGUUCAGCUUCGGGUCGCAGGCGGAGGCCGAGGAGGUCGGGGUGGGGCCUGGGGUGGUGGCGGAGGGGGCCGCCGUGGUGCUGCUUGUAAAUUUGGAGGAUGAGGGGGUGGAGACUGGAAAAGGGGAAGGGGAUGAAGAAGGGGAGGUGGAGUUGAGAGAGAGGCAAAAAUGGAGGAGGCUUGAGUCUUUGGAGAAGAGCAUUACGCCAGUGGCAGGGUUGCUCGUGAGAUUUAGUUAUUCGCAGAUUCGAGCUGCAACCCGAAAUUUCUCAAGAGGGAGGGAGCUUGGAAGAGGUGCACUUAGUCGAGUAUAUAGAGGGAGAAUCGGGGUUGGUCGAAGUACUGUGGCCAUAAAGAAAGUUGAGGGGCAGGAUCGUGAAAGCGCCAAGGCCUUCUGCAGGGAGCUUAUGAUAGCAAGCUCCCUUCACCAUCCAAAUAUUGCCCCUCUCCUCGGCUUUUGUGUUGACCAACAAGGUCUCUUCCUCGUUUACAAGUAUGUUUCUGGGGGAAGCUUGGAUCGUCACCUCCACCCUGAUGAUAAAAGACGGAAGGUAUUGCCAUGGGAGGUCAGGUAUAAGGUGGCAUUGGGGGUAGCACAGGCUAUUGGAUACUUGCACUUUGACACUGAUAAGUGUGUGGUUCACAGAGACAUCAAGCCUUCCAACAUUCUCCUUUCCUCUGACAAAUCUGCCAAAUUAUGCGAUUUUGGAUUGGCAACAUGGACUCAUGGACCUUCACUACCUUUCCUUUGCAAGGCUGUUAAAGGAACAUUUGGCUAUUUGGCUCCAGAAUACUUCCAACAUGGGAAAUUGUCAGAUAAAACUGACGUUUAUGCAUUUGGUGUGCUCCUGUUGGAACUAAUUACUGGACGAAAAGCUAUUGACCGGAGUAGGCCUCAAGGCGAUGAAAACUUGGUUCUUUGGGCCAAACCCUAUCUCCGUCAAGGUGAGAGAGCCAUGGAGAAGUUCAUCGACCCAAAUCUAAAACCAGGAUCAUACGGUUGGGGUGAGAUGACCCGAAUGGCUCGUGCAGCUUCAGCUUGCCUACGCUCCGAAGAAUCAACAAGACCGAGCAUUGAUCAGGUCAUCAAGAUGCUUCAAGCUGAAGAAGAGUUCAGUUGCAGCACAGACUGGUCUGUGUUCAGUGGCAACCACAGUUGUCUCUUUUCUGGGCCAUUGAGUUCUCAGUUUUAUGGACAAGCACAAGAGAAGUCUGAUAUCAUGAGAGGUCACUUGGCUCUUGCAAUGUUGGGGGUCUCUGACUCUGACUCUGAUGAAUCAUACAGUCGAUAACAACACUUGACAAGGAUCCGUAGGCUGUUAGUUUUUAACAUGGAAGAAAAAGAAUAGCAAGACAGAGGCAACC